UUCGGAUUGUAUUUUAUGUAACGCCGUAUGGCGGAUUCAAACUUGACUAGCAUUACUGCUAAUCAGUUGUAGUUUUUUGUGUUUCGCGAUGCCUUCUGAAAGUCUACGAUGGGAAACUUUACAGGCCUUAAAAAAUUCACCAAAGGGGAAAAUCUCCUUCGACCCAUUCUGGUUGGAAAGGGGAGAGCCUCUUUUAGCAGGUUGUAAAGACUCCCCAAGCUUGUCUCCAAUCGCUGGUGUCAUAUUGGAGCGUCUCAGCUCGGCUCCCCUGCAGAAGUCAUCAUCCUUCCUGGGCUCCAGAUCCGGAGACUCCAGCCCUGUUCUCUCAGAAGUCUCUAUUUCUUCUACCGGAUCUGUCGCCGAUGUCAGCGCCAGGACAGCUGCAUUUUCUGCAGCAGCGUCUGUAAAGAAUGAGCGAGAACAGAGUCUUAGUGAUAAGGUGAAGGAUGAAAGUCCAGAGGCAGAUGUCAGUGGAGUUUCCAGUCCUACGUCACUUCCUGCCAUUUCCCUCCUGUCUCCCAAAGCCAUGGAGAUGGCUGGCUGUAUCAUCAAAGUUCAGGAGGAGCAUCGAGAAAAGGCUAAGUUGGCCCUCAGGGUGCGGCAGGAGAUGCAGGAGAAGCUCGUAGCGGCGGUUGCGAGCGCUGAGUCAGAGCAGCUAAAACGCUUUGAGGAGCUCAUGGAGCUGAAGCAGAGGCAGGAGUACCAGAGUAUGAGGGACAUGAUGGAAAGAGAAACAAAGGAGAGCAUCGGGCGUCAAGAGAAGCUGAAGGAGGAGCAGCGGCGUAGAAUAACGCUCGUCAACCUACGGCUGAGGGAGGCAGAGCAGCAGCGUCUUCGGGAGGCAGAACUCGAGAGGCAAAGGCAGGCGGAGGGCAGGGAGAGACUGCGUAGCCUCAACAGCAUCCAGGAGGAGAUCCUGCAGCUCAACCAGCUGCUUGAGCCCUCCACCCAGACCAAGACGGACCUCCCACUGGCCAGCCUCAGCUCCUACAGCACCAGAGGGAACCAGCUGUGCUCCCAGGUGUCGGAGGUGGUGCGAAAGACUGCAGAGGGCAACUUCCCCAGCUUGGAGGACAUGACUGUGGCAGAGCGAGCCCUGCACGAGAUGAGAGCGCUUAUUCGGCUGAUGCAGGAGGAAGCGGCCAAUGUUCGAGAGAAGAAAAAGAAGGAGCAAGAGCAGGAGGAGGAGCGCAGGAAACAGGCGGAGCUGCUGGCGAAGCAGGAGGGGGAGAAGAAGGCGGCACAGCUGGCCAAAGAGAAGGCACAGAGGAAAGGGUUGCAGAACAGCGCUGAAGACGUCACGCUGAAGUGGUACAAGGAUCUGCAGGAGGCGGCCUCUCGGUGCGCUCAGUCCUUCGAACAGCUCAGCUCUGCAAAAGACGGACAGACAAAGAAACUGAAGCUGGAGCUCCAGAAAGCUGCCACCAUCCCUGUCAGUCAGAUCGCCAGCAACUCCGGAUCGCAGCUCCGAGAAAUCUUCGACAAGAUCGACAAGCUUCUGUCGGGACGGCCGGUCGUGUCUGGGGGGAAAUCGGUAUCCACCUCACAACAUCCGCAGGGUCUCGAUUUCGCCAGCUACAAACUGGCGGAGAAGUUUGUGAAACAAGGAGAGGAGGAAGUGGCGUCUCACCACGAAGCGGCCUUCCCCAUCGCCGUGGUGGCUUCUGGAGUCUGGGAGCUGCACCCUCAGGUGGGAGACCUCAUCCUCGCCCACCUGCACAAGAAAUGCCCCUAUGCAAUCCCUCACUACCCUCCGAUGAAGGAGGGCACGCCCGUGGAUGAAUACCAGAGGAUUCUUGGUUACCGUGUAGACGACUCUGGGGUCGAAGGUCAGGACAGUUUCUUGAAGAGGAUGUCCGGGAUGAUUCGCCUCUACGCCGCCAUCAUCCAGCUGAAGUGGCCCUACAGCUCCAAACAAGGGCCCGUUCCUCAUGGUCUGAACCACGGCUGGCGUUGGUUGGCUCAGAUGCUCAACAUGGAGCCUCUGGCAGACGUCACAGCGACUCUGCUGUUUGACUUUCUAGAGGUUUGUGGGAACGCUCUGAUGAACCAGUAUCGGAGCCAGUUCUGGAAGCUCAUCCUGCUACUGAAAGAGGAAUACUUCCCCAGGAUUGAAGCCGUGACCAGCAGUGGACAGAUGGGCUCAGUCAUCAGACUCAAACAGUUCCUGGAGACAUCGCUGCAGAGACGACAGAUCAGUCCGCCCAGAGGCCAGCUGGGCUCCGGGUUCUGGAGGUCUUGACCGACGACGACCUGCGCUGGGUGACGACGCCAUUGUAGGACUGAGUCAGGCAGAAAUGAAUUGAGAGCAUCUGUGAGUGGAAAGAGGGGAAAAAGUUGUCCUGUGGUUUUAGUUUUUAUCUAAAUGAGCACACUGACGUCACGCACUGACGACACACACUGACGAUGCACACUGACGUCGCACACUGGAAGCCUCACGAGUCCUCUGCGUUUGUGAGGUCACAUUUUUGAGGUCACAUCUGCUUCUGCUGACCUGAAGCAGACCUGUAGACACCUGUGGGGUACUUUUAACCUUAACUUCAUUGGCUGCUUUUCUGCUGAAAUUCUUGAGCUUUUCUUAAGGGUUGUGUUUUUGUUUUUUUGUUUUUUUUAAUUCCCAGGUGUGUCGAGUCAUUCCUCCUAAAGAGAAACGCUUUCACGGCCUUAACUUUCACAUUAAAUUAUUUUGCUGAUUCAGAUAAUUUUUAAUAGU